UAUACUUAUGCUUACUUAAUACUUAAUUUAAAUUUAUCAUGUCGUAGGUCAAAACACUUAGUUUCCCAUAGUUUUGAAAACAUUCAACAACUAAGCCUUGAGAUCGGAUUGUCAAUACCUUUUACUUUUUCCUAGUCAUAUUGUCAGUUGACUAACAGCUAAGGUCAAAAGCAGAUCAUAUAUUUGUUACUGGUAUAUUUUUCCAAUAUUUUCAAAAAAAAUAAUAUUUGUGAAAAAAAUAAUAUAUUAUUAUUCGUGCUGAAUGGAUUUUCUAAAGGCUUUUCGCUACUCGAACAAACCCGAUGGUAACUUCAAUGGGCCCGCUGGCAUUAUAAACAGGAUCUCCUUGCUGGGUCAUAAGAUUGUGGAUAUGAUUAUGAAUCGUCAUGAGACACAUUAUGAAACCGUUAAUGUUAUGGGAAUAACUCUUUUCGCCAUGACCUUGUUCUCCAUAAUUAUAUCUUUGAUUAUAAAAUCGCAAAUGUAUUUGACCGUUAUAAGAAAUUUGCCGAAAUUUAAUUCAAUUGGCACGUCAAGUGAAUUAGAUUCUGAUGUGCAUGAGAACGUGAAGAAUGGGAAAGACUCCUCCGGUAAAUACAACCAAUUAAAUACGGAAAAAGACGGAACUGGAACUAAAAACGGAGCCGAUACUAACAUUUCGACUGAUACAUCCCCAGAGACUGGUUUCGGAAAGAUAGUUGCAUAUCGCGGAAGACAUGAAUUACACUCCUUAAAGAAUGACGAUGAUUACUUAGAUAUAUCCUAUGAUAUCAAAGCUGGUGGUGACAGUCUAAUGAAGUACUCUGGAAUUUCUAAAAUCGUCACCAUCUAUACACGGGAAGAAAGUUAUAAAUUCUUGAGUCAACCAAUUGAUGAUUCUUCAUAAAUGGGGAAAAACUAAACGAUGUCUGUCGCUUUUUUGUUAUUUUUUUUGUUUUCUAAUUUAUAUAUUUUUUCACGCACAAAUUCGCCGCACAACGAGAAAUUUAAUUGACUUCUAACCUCAAGCAUUUGAACCUUAAACACCAUAACUAUGAUUAUAAACUUAGCUUUUGCCACAAAA